UGCCAGAUUUUCUUCUGGACCCCUUGGUCCUUCUACUGCAAAAUCAAAUCAGAAUGUUUAGAGCAAAUAAAACUAGCAUUUUUCAGCCAGUUGGCGAGUCGUCCACAAAGUCAGGCCCAAUUUCAGGAAAGUAUAAAGGCCUCAAUUUUUUCUCGGGUCCUCUUGGAAGGAGUUCAAAAAAAACCAGUCCCGGAGAAUGGAACAAGUAAAAACAACAAGUUUUGGAAAUUUAAUAACGGUCACUCAAGCACCGCAAGUGGGAAAGAAAAUAACACGAGACACAGUCGAGCAACUCAAGUAGAACCUUUCAAAGGCUGUAUAGCUGCAGAUAGUUCAUCUGUCAUCAACGGCCGCUUAAAUCCAAAUGAUGUUCCCGUUGAAACUAAGAAUCACAAAGAGGCUGAUUCAGAGCUUCAAACUCAUGGAAAUGCGGCUCAUUGUUCUCAACCGACAUUCAGUUCUCUUUGCAAGCUAAAGCCUCCAUCUGAAUCCCUCGGUGCCGCAUCUUUAGCACUUCACUACGCACAUGUUAUUGUUGUGAUCGAGAAGCUAGCGGCCUCUCCACACUUGAUUGGUCUCGAUGCUAAGGACGAUUUAUACAACAUGUUACCUAGACGCGUAAAAGCUUCUCUCAGGACUAAACUAAAACCGUACUCUAAGGGCAUGGCUGCAGCUGUCUAUGACGCAAGUAUAGCAGAAGAAUGGACCGAAGCAAUGACGAAAGCAUUGGAAUGGUUAGCACCACUUGCUCACAACAUGUUAAGAUGGCAAUCUGAAAGAAGCUACGAGCAGCUCAGCUUUGUUUCACGGACAAACGUGUUGCUCGUACAAACCCUUUACUUUGCGAGUCAAGAAAAAACAGAAGAGAUAAUCACCGAGCUUCUCGUCGGUUUGAAUUAUGUGUGGAGGUAUGUUAAGGAGCUCAAUACAGGUAUGUUAGAGAUUGGCAAUAGUGUAGUCAAUAAUGGAUAUUCUAUAAUGAAUGCAUAAAGAAUUUUUCAUCAAUCUCAUGAGAUCUUUCAACAGAAGAGGCAAUCAAGAAUUAGAUGAGUAUGAGGGAAAUACUCAUCACAUAAUCUAUGAUAUAAUUUGUGUUAGAAUGCAUUAAUGAUUAGGAAUGUGAUUAUAUUUUAAGCAUUUAGAAUUAUUUUUUCUUUGAGGAGAUCCCAUCUGAUUUAACAUGAUCACUGGUCUCAUCUUUGAAAAGUGAACAUAUAUGUUAAUUAAUUGUAUAGUUUUAUUACCAUAAUGGUUAUUUUUGUAUGAUAUUUGAGUGGUUGGACAUGAUAAUCUGGAAAUAACAGUGGUUGGACGUGAUAAUAAAUUGGAAAUGACAGUAA